UCAGCCACAAUUAAACAACUAAAAAAAGUAACUGUGUGAGGAAGCGAUCUUCAUUUAACCAGUUACAAUUUGAAUAGAAGAAACCUUACAAAGAUUUCAUGUGUUUUAUUACUCAUCUCCUUUGAAAAUGUACAUAUUACUAAAAUAACACUUGUAAAGGAACGUAAAACCGAUCUCCUGAAAUUGUACAUUCAAUUCUUUACAUUUAAUGUAUGGUUACAUCUUACAUCUAAUGAAAGAUAAUGGAAGGCAACAAUCGACAAGCUGGUGUGGCUUUCUUUACCAUAGGCCCUUAUGGUCCGGCCCUUCCCCGGACCCCGCGCAUAGCGGGAGCUUAGUCGGGCUGCCUUAUUUUUUUUAUAUUAAUAAAUUGCUAAAAUUCUUAGAUGCAAUCAAUGGUUUGAAAAAAUGCACACAGCUGAAUGAGCCAUUUCCUAUAUAUGGUCCACUGAAAUGAGUGCUAAGGACUUACCAACCCACUAAGCAGCCCGCCCCACUAACCAGACGGGCUAUCUUUGACAUUGGCACAAAUAAACUAUAAACAAAACAAAAAGAAGGAAGAAGAAGGCAGCUAAGGAUUCAAAUCUUGUUUACUUGUUUGGCACAAUAGACAAUAGUUAUCAAAGUAUUGCAUGAAACUUCCCCAGAAGUGACACUAGGUUUUUUUUUUUUUUUAAAAAAAAAAAAAGUGACGCGCUGAAAUCUUUCCUCAUGAGAAAGGGUCUGAAGUCAUUGAUGGUGAUAGUCAAGGUCUUCUAUUUUUUUUUUCCAAGCUUACCUUUAAGUCAAUCAAAUUGCAAGCAAUAUUUUGAUGCAAAUUAGAGAAAAGAACAAAUGAAGUAAUAUUAAAAUAGAGCAAAAAUAGGCACAGAAGGACAAGAACGACAUAUUAAAAGAAUAAAAUAAAAAAGCUGAAAGGGAGAUAACAAGAAAAGUUGUUGCAGAAAAUUUCACUCAAGUGUCUGCAUCAAUUAGUGCACUAAAUUUUUCUUCAAGAGAAAGGUAUGAUUUUCAGUUUGCACUAGGAAUCUGAAGUGUUUGUGCAAAGAUAGUUGUUUUUUCCUCUCUUUUUUUCCUUUUUCUCUUUUAUGUAAGGAUAUAUUGAUUCUUGAAUCAUCAACCUCCUCCUCUUAUAUAUAGUCUGAUAUAUCUUAUAGUCUUGUCAAUAUUCAGUCAUCAAGUAGGUAAAGUAGGCAUACGAACCAAUUUGCCUAAACUCUAUCGGAACAAAGCAAAGAAAGAGGCGGAAUAGACAAGGGCGAUCUUGCUUGGCGCGAAGGCUGCUGGUUCGGAGGUAAAGUACAGUACUGAAGUUCCUCGGACUUCCAGGCAGUUUUUCUUUUGUGCAGCUGUUCACUGUUGGAUCUCGCCAAUACAGCUCCCUAUAGUUUUCAUUUGGUCUAUGUAACUAAAUACAAGUUGGUAAAGAUGCAGAAUAUGACUAGCAAGAUAGUAUAUUGGUGGUUGUUGAUUUUGUUCAUAGCAAAUGGAUGGUGGUGCUGUUAUUGUUGUUGGAAAGAAGAAAGGACUGCUCUCUUGCAACUCAAGGCAAAUAUAAACUACACAGGUGGUAGUAAUUUGUCAUCGUGGGUUGCGAACGAAACCUCAGAUUGUUGCCAAUGGGAGGGAAUUGUUUGCAGCAACACCACCAAAAGAGUCAGUGAGUUGGCCAUUACUGUCAAGAAAAUUAGUCAAGAAGAACAACUUAGGACUAAUGGUACAAAUUCUGAUGAUAUUUUGAAGAACUGGCUUUUCAAUGCAUCUUUAUUUAUUCCCUUCAAAAAUCUCAAUGCUCUGCUCCUCCCUGGACAUUCAUUGGCCGGUUGGGCGAAAAAUGAAGGUUUCGAAAAACUGAGACAACUGAAGAAACUAGAAAGACUUGAUUUAUCAGGGAAUCAGUUGAAUCGCAGCAUCUUUCAAUCUCUUAGUCAACUUACAUCUCUCAAGUCAUUGAACCUCUCACACAACAAUAUUGGAUCAGGUUCCGACAUAUGGUUUGCACACAACAAAAUUGGAUCAGGUUCUGAGAGAUUGUCAGGCUUAAACAAGCUGGAAAUCCUAGAUUUGAGCAAUAACAAUCUAGAUGAUGAAAAUAUUCUCUCUACUUUAGAGCUAAAUACAUCUAGAAUGGCGUUGAAGAAGCUCGAUAUAAGGUACAACGCAUUCCGAAGUUUUAUACCAAAUGAAGAGUUGGGAGCUUUAAGAAAUAUAGAGUACUUACUGUUGGAUGGAAACACGUUGGACGAAAACUUUCUCAGGAGCAGUGGUGUAAUGUCAUCUCUUAAAGUAUUAUCAGUAGCUAACUGCAACCUCAACGGAACCCUACCUCGUCAAGGCUGGUGUGAUCUAAAAUAUCUGGAAGAACUAAGUCUUAGCAGAAACAGCUUCACUGAAAAACUCCCUACAUGUCUAGGAAACUUGAUAUUUCUUCGGGUAUUGGAUCUGACCAUGAAUCAGUUUACUGGAAACAUUGCUUCAUCUCCGCUUUCAAGUCUCUUGUCCCUUGAAUAUCUCCUGUUAGCAAACAACAACUUUGAAAUACCAAUUUCAUUCGCGUCAUUUGCUAACCAUUCAAAACUUAAGUUCGUCACUGCUGACUACAACUCAGCAAUUGUACAAACUUCUUCCAAAAGCUGGAUACCAAAGUUUCAAUUGGAAGUCUUGUCUUUAAACAACUGCUCUCAAAUGCCAAGUUUCCUUCAUUAUCAACGUCAUUUAAGGCUUCUUCGUCUCUCAAAAUGCAACAUUGGUGGAAACUUUCCAAAUUGGUUGUUAGAAAACAAUCCUAGACUUGCAGAAGUUUUAUUGGACGGAAAUGCAUUCACUGGAAUUCUUGAAUUGCCACUCCUUUCUAAUCUAAAAUCUUUCGAUAUCUCCAACAACAAGAUUCAAGGACAACUUCCUCCUAACAUUGGGUCUAUUUUUCCAAAUCUUGUGAUAUCAACGAUGUCCAACAAUAUGCUUGAAGGCUUGUUGCCUUCAAGUUUUGGUGACAUGAAAGAUCUUGCAGUCUUGGAUUUGUCUUACAAUAAGUUAAUAGGAGACCUACCAAUUGGAUUGGCUCGUAAAGGAUCCAAGUUAAAUUUUCUGAGAUUGUCAAAUAACAUGUUGAAAGGGGAAAUAUUUCCAAUUUCAGCAAACAUCAACAAUUUCGAAUAUUUAUACUUGGACAGGAACAACUUCUCAGGCUCAAUUCCGCAGAAGUUAUCCACUGCUCCUUUGAUUACAUUGGAUUUAAGUUACAAUAACUUGUCAGGAAACAUACCAGCGUGGCUUGGUAACAUCCCCUCCUUAACCUCCCUCGCGUUGUCCAGAAAUCAUCUAAAAGGCCAUAUUCCACCUGAUUACUGCAGACUUGAAGGACUUGAGGUAUUAGAUCUCUCUGACAACAGCCUUGUUGGCGUGAUCCCGUCAUGUUUCAAUGCUUCUCUCGGCUUAAAACGUGUGUACUUGAGCAAAAACAAGUUACAAGGGGAAUUCAACAUGUUCUCGAACUCAGAUCUAAAAGUCCUGGAUCUUAGAGAUAACAACUUCAGUGGUUCCAUUCCGAAAUGGCUGGGCAGUACUCUUGAGAUAACCACCUUACUCUUGAAAGGAAAUCGUCUUAUAGGCACCAUUCCAACACAGUUAUGUCAUGCAAGUAACUUAAGAAUUUUGGAUCUAUCUCACAAUAAUCUCUCAGGAACGAUACCUCAUUGCUUGGGAAGCUUAAUGCAACAAGAUAUGUUAAUAGAACUAUACCCAUACAGUUCAUCAUUUGCAUAUCCAGGAUUCCAGAAGUUUGGAGACGACACCUUGAUAAACAUAGAAUCCUCUAUUGAAUCAUCAUCGACAAUUUUCUUUUUAGAUAGUUAUGCAUGGGUUGGAGCAGAGUUUACGACCAAAUAUAAUACCUAUUCCUACGAAGGUAGCAUUGUUGAUUAUAUGUCUGGAAUUGAUCUUUCUUGCAAUCAGUUAAGUGGUGAAAUGCCUAAGGAACUCAGUAAUCUUACUGAGAUUCGGGCACUAAACUUGUCACAUAACCACAUAGCUGGAACAAUACUAUCAGAAUUCUCAAAUCUCCAGAAUAUCGAGAGUUUGGACCUGUCAUACAACCACUUGUCUGGAAGGAUUCCUACACAACUUUUAGAGUUGACAACUCUAGCAGUGUUUAGCGUGGCACAUAACAAUUUAACAGGUAGGACUCCACAGAGUACAGCGCAGUUUGCAACUUUUAAUGAAAGCAGUUAUGAGGGAAAUCCUUUUCUUUGUGGUCCUCCAUUACACAUCAAAUGUAUGCCGACUAAAGAGAUACCAAUAUCACCUCCUGCGCCAGAUUGCUGGGAAGAUGAUACUGGUUUUCUUGAUAAGGAGUCAUUCUAUAUUUCCUUUCUUCUGGCAUAUGCAAAUGUAGUGCUCGUAGUGGUUGUAGUCCUCUGUGUAAACCCCUACUGGAGAAAUGUUUGGUUUUAUUUUGUUGAGUCUUUCAUGUAUUCUUGUUACUACUUUUUUGCUACCAAAAUGUAAACUGUACAUAUUAAGGUCAUUGAUAAGUUAAUCAUGCCUGAGUUCUGUUCC